ACUGGAACAGCUAAGAAAUACUCUUCAACUAAGAACAUCCGAUUUUUUUUUUAGAGAUGAAAGUGAAUCUGUUCACUAGGUCAGCAACACCUUUUUAACUACAAAUGAAGCUAAGGGUCGAGGCAUUGAGCACUUGCAGCACUUCAAGAAAGAGCCAAUUGCUUGAUAUGUCGUUCCAUUAUACGCCAUGCUUUCUGCGACGCCCACCACGCCUCAUCAAACGCAACGGCGUGUUUUAUCUACAUAUACAUUCGGCCGUAACCGUAGCCAGAGGAGAGAUCAUCCAUCGCUAAUGCAUCCCGCGCCUAAUAACGAAGUCUAUUGUAAUCAAAACAUGUUGGAAGAGGAGGUGCUGGUACAAGAGGAGGUUGGAUGA